GCUGAGCGUGUAAUAAAUUUGAUUGUAAUGCAUUGAGUCUGUCUCCUUGUUUUUUUGCUGAACAUUUUGGACGUUGAUUCUGAGUGAAAUAUUCGCCUUAUUCAAAAAUAUUUUGUCAGAACAAUUGUAUUAUAGAAAGAAAAUCUUACAAGACAUUUAACAACAGGUCAGAUUACAGUGAACAUGUUUUCAUCGUCAGGAAAAAGUGGGUUCGACAAAGCCUUGGAAAAGGCUACAAGUUCACUGUUGUUGGAACCAGACUGGGAUGCUACUCUGCAGAUAUGUGACUGUAUCCGGCAGAAAGAUGUUACUGGCAAAUAUGUCAUCAAUGCACUCCGCAAGAAGCUGUUUGACAAAAAUGCGAGAGUGACGCUGUAUGCCUUGCAGGUUCUGGAGUCAUGCGUGAAGAACUGUGGGUCCACAAUUCACGAGGAGAUCGCUUGCAAGCAGUUCAUGGAUGACAUGAAAGAACUAAGUAGGUCCAGUAAUGAUGGAGUGAAGAACAAGGCACUGGAGAUGAUCCAGGCUUGGGCCCAUGCUUUCCGUAAUGAGUCAGGCCUCAAGAUUGUGGUAGACACCUUUAACCAACUGAAGGGAGAAGGUAAUACCUUUCCUCCAUUGAGAGAGAGUGAUGCUAUGUUCAUGGCAGAAAAGGCCCCAGAAUGGGUGGAUGGUGACAAGUGCCACACCUGUCGCUCUGAAUUUGGCGUGGUAGUGAGAAAGCAUCACUGCCGUCACUGUGGCCAGCUCUUCUGCAGCAAAUGCUCCUCCAAGCAACUGCCCAUCCCCAAGUUUGGCAUAGAAAAAGCUGUGAGGGUCUGUGACCCAUGCUACAGCAAGCUGACGAGCCGCACUGAGACAACCUCUGGAUCUGGCGGCCAUGAUUCGGACCUCCCUGCUGAAUAUCUGAAUAGCCCCUUGGCCCAGCAAUCCCAGGCACCACCACAGCGCAGCGAGAGAGAGCUGCAAGAGGAAGAGGAGCUUCAGUUAGCCAUGGCUCUGUCACUGGACGCUGCUGAAAACAAGCACAUUAUUGAUAAGGAUAAGAGUGCAAGUAGUGGCCACACCUCCUCACCUCCUCCUCCAUCGUCUUCUGCUCCAGUGAUGGACCCAGAGGCAGACCCUGAGCUUGCUCGCUACUUAAACCGCUCCUACUGGGAGCAGAAACAGGAGGAGAGUGUCAAAGCCUCGGCCACACCUUCUGCCCCAGCUAACGCCCCUGACCCCACACCAGCCACUGCCCCACCGCUGUCACAGUCAGUUUCAACACAGCCGAUGUACGCAACCAGCAAGGUGCAGGAGGUUGCCCAAAACGGUGAGGUACCGGAUGACAUAGAGUUCCUAAGGACGCUUUCAGCCAACCUGGAGGUCUUUGUUAACCGUAUGAAGAGCGACUCAUCCCGUGGACGUAGUAUCGCCAGCGACACCUCAGUGCAGACCCUGUUCCAUACCCUUACCCAGAUGCACCCGCAGCUCCUCAGCCUACUCCAGGAAAAGGAAGACAAGCGAGCCAAGAUGGAGAGCCUCCAGGACAAGCUGGCGCAGAUCCAUGAUGCCAGAGAGGCACUCGAUGCCUUGCGAGACGACCACCGGGAAAAGAAGAGACGUGAGGCAGAAGAGGCUGAGAGACAACGGCAGAUCAUGCUGGCUCAGAAACUAGAGAUCAUGAGGCAAAAGAAACAAGAAUACCUGCAGUUACAACAGCAGCAGGCUCUGCAACGACUGCAGGAACAUGAGCGAGAACUGCAGAUGCGUCACGAACAGCAAAAACAGCAGCAGCAGAUGCGGCAGAUCCAGUACACAGCUUACGCUGGCAUGCCCCUACACCAGGGUGGCAUGAUGGCAGCCCCGCCCCAAGGGAUGAUGCCACAGCAGCAAGGGAUAAUACCCCCACCCCAGGGGGCUAUGAUACCACCAGGCCAGUACAGUGUACCCCAACAGACAUUCAGCCCGCCCUCUUCAAUGCAAGGUUCCCCUGCCCACAGUGGCUACAACCCCCAGCAGCAGACUUACAAUGCCCCACCCCCCAACGUGGAUCCCCAGGCCACCCACCAGCCACCUUCCAACACCCAGCCUGGGUACACCCAGGCCUACCAACAGCCACCCCAGCAGUCCUACCAACAAGCACCCCCACAGGGUGGGGCCUACCCGAUGGGAUACCAGCAGCAGCCCCCUUCCACCCAGCCGCACCCCUCCCAGGGCCCACCCAGUGGGACAUACUCACCCCUCUCCUCGCUAGACUACCCAGCCCAACCCCCUCAGCAACAACAGCAGCAGCCACCCAACAAUAACCCCUACAACAUGCAAGGCAUGGCAUCCUCACUACCCCCCUCCCAGCAGUAUGGGGGCCCCCCAACCCAGGGGGGAAUGUACCAACAGCAGCCUGGGCCACCCCAGGAUAUGCAGUAUGGAACAAACAAGGGACAGCAGCCCGUCACACAGGCCCAAACACAACCCCAGCAAGACCAUCCACAAGAAGCCUCUCUCAUAUCCUUUGACUAGACCUCCCCAUCAUGCCAGUGGUGGCAGAAAGGAAAGAAGCAAGCUAUAUAUAGUGCAAGCAAUGUUAAGACUAAUUGUUAUAUAAAGUGAAAUCUACCCGGAAAGAAUACAAACAGCUAAACAUCGACAUCAGCCAUAGAAAUUUUCCAAUCUAAGCUUGGGAUUUGAAACCCGUUUCUAAACUCUUCAGUCAGUUAAUGCCAUUCAGUGGAAUCUUACACUUAAGAUCAAGAGUACUCUGAAUUUAGUGUUGCCCACAUCGUCUUCAAUUUACCCUAACUUUGUCAUAUAAUGGUAUGUUGGUAAUUUAGGGUUUAGUCACAUAGGAUACAUGUUCAUUAUCAUUUGUGUAGUAAUGGACAGUAUAACGUGCAUGUGUUGAUUUUUCACCACAUCAAAAAUUAAUACUGCAUCUGUCCAAGGGUCACAACUGUAAUUAUCAAUUUAUUUGUUUUCAGAAAUAAAAGAAACUCUUUUGGGUUCUAGGGAUUUCUCAAAGAUUGAACCAGAUUGUCAUCAGUUUCACAAUUGGUGAGGCAUGUCAAGAGGCGACUUUUGUGCUGUCGUGAGCAUUGUGUAUAUCAAUUGAUGCACUUCAUGUGAUAUUCUGAGGUUGUGUUCCCAUUGCCUGCCAUAAAUCCUGGUAAAUGUUUUAAUGAGUACUGGUGAACAUUUUAGUGAUGUGUCAUUUCCAGUGCAUUGUAAUUGUUUGAACCUGUGGGUAGAAGGUUGUGUAGACACACUGGUACUACACUAAUUCAUGUAUCAGACAUACAGUGGGGGACAGUGAAGCAGAUGACUUCAACAACUGCAUUUCUGUUUACUUUUUUUUUUUUUACUGGGCCAAUUUCGCCAUUAUUUCUUUGUGAUUUUAAUGCCCCUAUUUUGUUCAGGACAGCACAGCACCAAGAAAAUACUGAACUUUUUGUGAAAGUUAAAUAUGGUUCUAAAUUCUGCUCUCAAGUGGCAUGGUGGGGGAGACCCAACUUCCUUCAGACAUUACCCAAAACAGUAUUGUGUCCAAAACUGUCAUUUACCAGAAAAAUUCUUCAGAAAUUUCAACACAAAAGAUUGUACCCUCUACCAAUUGUUUAAUUUAGUUGCAUUUGUUCAAGUCAAUGGAAGACAAUUUCAGUGAAAUGAAAUGCAUGUCUUCACAGUCAAUUGUAUUUUACUCUUCACUUGCAUUCUUAAAAUCUUUGAAAUUGGUAUGACAAAGUAAUUGUUACCUGUUGAGAUGGGUUCCAUGGGUUUUGUGUAACCUCAGGGGCAAAUUGCACCCAAGGCGUAUACAUGUGCCCUCCCUGAACAGCAUCAAAUGUGUGUUAAAGGUUGAUGGUUAAACAGCUGACAAUUUGUACCAUUCAGUAGUGCUACUGUUUUGUGGCACAGCAGAGUAUAUGCCAAAUGUAUCAAGCAUGUUUACAUGGUGAACGCUUAAUCUUCGAUGUUUUAAACUUAUAGUAAUUUCUUGAAAAAGUCCUAAUUUCUAUUUUACAUGUAUCAUUAAAUUUAACUUUUAAGUCGCUAGAUGUGAUAAAGAGAAAUAGAGAAGUGUGGCAAAUGGGUGUGUAAUGUUCCAGAAACAGUAAUUAACUUGAUAUACCUGUCAUGUCAGUGUACUCUCUGCUAUUAUAAAUUAAAUUGUCUCACCAGAAACUA